UGGCCCGCGAGCAGGAAGUGGUUCUUCCUAGAGUGGAGAUGGCCGCGCUCGCUCCGCUGCCGCCGCUCCCCGCACAGUUUAAGAGCAUACAGCAUCACCUGAGGACGGCGCAGGAGCAUGACAAGCGGGACCCUGUGGUGGCCUAUUACUGUCGUUUAUAUGCAAUGCAAACUGGAAUGAAGAUUGAUAGUAAAACUCCUGAAUGUCGUAAAUUUUUAUCAAAGCUGAUGGAUCAGUUAGAAGCUCUUAAGAAGCAGUUGGGUGAUAAUGAAGCUGUUACUCAAGAAAUCGUUGGCUGCGCCCAUCUGGAGACGUACGCUUUGAAAAUGUUUCUGUAUGCAGACAAUGAAGAUCGUGCUGGACGAUUUCACAAAAACAUGAUCAAGUCCUUCUAUACUGCAAGUCUACUAAUAGAUGUCAUAACCGUAUUUGGCGAGCUCACUGAUGAGAACGUGAAACACAGAAAGUAUGCACGGUGGAAGGCAACAUAUAUCCAUAAUUGCUUAAAGAAUGGGGAGACUCCACAGGCAGGCCCCGUUGGAAUAGAUGAAGAUAAUGACAUGGAAGAAAAUGAAGAUGCUGGAGCAGCCUCUCUGCCCCCUCAGCCACCUUCCUCUUCAGCAUAUGACCCAAGUAACUUGUCAUCAGGCAGCUUUACUGGAGUCCAGAUUCCCCCAGGUGCACAUGCUCCAGCGAAUACACCAGCAGAAGUUCCUCACAACACAGGUAUGGCAAGCAAUGCUGUCCAGCCUACUCCAAAGACUGUUCCAGCCAUCGAUCCUGCAUUGCUCAGUACAGUGUCCCAGGGGGAUGUCCACCUAACUCCAGAGGACUUUGCAAGAGCUCAGAAGUACUGCAAGUACGCGGGCAGUGCACUGCAGUACGAAGAUGUGAGCACCGCGGUGCAGAACCUGCAGAAAGCCCUCAAGCUGCUGACCACAGGCAGAGAAUGAGGCCUUUGUACAGGACAUCCAUGUGUUUUUGGCAUAAGGAACUAACAGUCCAUUACUCUGUCUUCAGCCUAUCAGGAGCCUGGCUUUACCAGAGACUUUAUUCCACUGACUGUGACAAUGACAUUUGUACACAUCAGAUUCCUGGUGAAGAAUUCGUCAGCUGCCGUCGCCAAUUUUCAUUAUCCAUUUUGUGGAUAUGGUUACCUCUGAGCGCACAGGGAGGAUGUUAUUAGCAAGUCAUAAAAAUGUUCUUGAACUGUGGUUCAGAAAAUGAAAACAUGUCUGUAUGAAAUUAUGAUAAAAUUAUGCUAGGAAUAAGUUUUCUUAAUUUAUACACACUAAGGGAAAUUUACAUUUCCAUAAUAUUCUAAAUUUAACUCUGAAUAAAAAUUGACAGAAUAUUCUAUAACGAAGAUGCUGGCUUUUUCUCGUAUUUGUAAAACAAAUAUGAACUAAAAAAUGUUAAAUGACUACAAAAGAUUAUUUUCAAAAUUCCAUUUAUAUACAUGUUAGAUAUAGCUAAGUUAAAAAUUGUGGAAGAAAUAAAAGGAAGUAGCAUCAUUCCAGAUUUAAUAUUGGCCUCCAGCUGAUUCUCUGCCCAGGGAUGCUCAUGGGCAUUGGGAUUUGUUUCAUAGGGAGUUUGAUUCAUGGCUUAGAUAAUGAAAAAGGAAAGUUUCUAUAAUGUCUAUUAACCCGGUGCUUUAAAGGUUCUCUUGGCUGCUGUGUAUGGAUUCCGUAGAGUGUAGAGAGAGCAGUGCAGAGGGCCAGAGGACCGUAGAUUCUCGGUGGCAUUUGUAAGGCUUAUAGGGGAUUGUGGACUUACCGAACCACCUGCAUUUGUGCUGUAUGAAAAAUAAAUACAAGGAUUCCUUUCAUUGGUUGAAGUUA